AUGGAUACUCCUAGUGCUCCUAUUCAAGAUAAGACGCACGGCUUGUUCGGAUGCUUGAAGACUUUUCUGAAAGGGCAGAAAAGAGACAAACAUACACGUCUCACUGCCCUGAAACCAAGCACACUAAACGUCACCGCAAAUCCAGAUGCGAAGGGUGGCCCUGCCAAUUCCAAAUAUGACAUAUCCCAAACCAACGACCACGACGCGAAGGGAUUUUGGCAGAUGGCGUACGACGAGUUAACAGAGAGCGACCCGAACAGUAUAGCAGUACUUUCCGGAACAAAGUCUCAGGAUGUUGGUAAUGCACGAACGAGAGAGAUGUUGGAUGAGGUAGUUAAGGCAACAAAGGCGCAGUACCAGGAAAAAGAGGGAAAGGAUGGCAUUCGGGCCACAGCCGAUAAAAUAUUAAACUCAGUGCUGUCCUUCCAAGAUGUGGUCGAUAACAUUGCAAAAUUCGAUCCGACUGGAUACGCUUCCAGUGCUUGGGCGAUAGUAUCCCUAGGAUUAAAAAUGGCCAAGUCUCAUGCAGACCUCCGGGGGGCUCUAUUUGAGUCGUCGGGAUACCUGGCGGAUUUGUUGGCUCGUUGCGCCUUCAUUGAAGAACAGUUUUAUGGUGAUAGACAUUCUAACAUAGUGAAUGUUGAAAAAGAACGAUCGAUUGUCCGGGUGUAUGUGGCAAUCUUGCGAUACUCCGCCGAGGUACGGAGAGCACAACAGUCCAACAAGGUAAAAGGCAUCGUGGAAAGCAUAACAAUUAUCACCAGCCAGCCACUCACAGAGCUCAAGACCGCGAUUAAGGAAGAGGAGUCCCACUUGUAUCAGUGGUUGAUCCUGGACCAGCACCUGCACCGAAAGGAGGAAGCAGAGGAUAUUCUGAAUCACCUCGAUACAUUGCACGAUGCAGUUGAAAUGUUAAAUCUCCCUUUUGCCAAGGGCGCAUUUUUUGGCUCCUUCGAGGACCAGCAUGAGGAUGAAUGCCUUGCCGGAACGCGAACAGGGUUGCUUCAGCAGGUGAAGGACUGGAGUAGGUCCAGUGACAGAUGUAUAUUCUGGUUGAGCGGAAUGGCAGGUACCGGCAAGUCUACUAUUGCGAGGACGGUAGCCCGAUUGUUCAGAGAGAAUGGCAUCCUCGGGGCAAGUUUCUUUUUCAAAAGGGGCGAGGGAGAUCGGGGCUCGGCCGUAAAGUUCUUUCCAACAAUUGUGAAGCAAUUAGCAGUCCACAUUCCUCAAAUGGUCCCCGGAAUCCGAAAAGCUCUUGAAGAUGAUCCCACGGUUCCAGGAAGCUCGCUUCGAGAGCAGUUCAAUAAGCUCAUGUUACAGCCAUUACUAGCUGUCGGUCAUGGUGAAACCAUGGGUUCCACCGUGAUUGUCAUCGACGCUUUAGAUGAAUGCGAACCAGAGAAAGACGUGGAGAUUAUUCUCGACCUUUUACCCGAGGUUGAGAUGGCAACAAAUAUGGCAAUCCGAUUCUUCUUAACCAGCCGACCGGAAAUAACGAUCCGUUUUGGGUUUGAUCAGAUCGAUAAGAGCAAGUACCAGAAUACCGUCCUGCAAAAUUUGAAUGAAAAUGUGAUAAAACAUGACAUCGCUGUAUAUCUCAGAGAAGAAUUCUCGAAAAUACAGCAGAAGCGCCGGCAUACUCUUCCCCCCGGCUGGCCUGGAGAGGAAAGGAUCGAAGCCUUAGCAAUGAUGGCUUGUCCGCUCUUUAUCUUUGCAGCCACGGUGUGUCGUUUCGUGGCGGAUAGGCAUUUUGACCCGGAUAAGCGGCUUCGGGAGUUUUCUACUGGUUCUACAGGAUCAAAGAUGGAUGGCACAUACCGACCGGUUCUGAACCAACUCCUCGUCCAGGAUGCUGCGGACAGGAAUGAGCUGAUUAAAGAGUUUCAGAGGAUCAUUGGUGUAAUCAUUCUUCUUGCUAAUCCGCUCUCAUUGAGCUCUCUUGCGGAGCUGCUGCUUGGAACAUCGCAACACAAUAGUAGCAUUGAUCUGGAACGCCAUAUCAACAUCCAUCUGGAGUCAUUCCAUUCAGUCCUGUCUAUACCUAGCGAUCCAAAACUACCUAUACGGACCCUGCAUUUGUCCUUCCAUGAUUAUCUGGUGGAUGCUCGUACAAAAGACCAAGUGGCCACGUCUCAAUUCUGGGUGGAUAAAAAGGCAAAGCACGAGCUCAUAGCCUGCCAGUGUCUUGCUGUCAUGGGCCGUUACCUCAAAAAAAAUAUCUGUGAUCUGCCAAGCUAUGGGACCAGCCGAACAGAAAUACACCCGGAUUCUAUAGCAAGAUGUCUUCCAGCCGCCCUUCAAUACACCUGUCGUUACUGGGUUUACCAUCUAACUCAAAGCCCGGCACCAGCCAGAAUCCUUGACCAAGUACUCACAUUCCUGAAAGGACACUGCCUUCAUUGGUUUGAAGCUAUGGGCAUUCUGGGGAUACUAUCUGAAGCCAUAAUUGCAGUGAAUUCAUUGCUCCAACUGACUAAAGACAAAUCCAGUAAUGAGAUGCAUAUUUUCCUCUUAGAUGCGCGCAGGUUUAUCCUAAAAUUUGCACAAAUUGUUGAUACGGCACCACUGCAACUAUACAGCUCUGGCCUGAUAUUUGCACCACAUAAAGCGUUGAUCAGAGAGAUCUUUGAGAAAGAACUUCCUGCUUGGUUAUCCAGAGGUCCAAAGGUAGAAGAGUAUUGGGAUCCUGAGAUGCAAACGCUGGAGGGCCAUUCUAGGGCGGUACAAUCGGUCGCCUUCUCAGGCGAUGGCCAGCUGCUGGCAUCUGGCUCAUUCGACAACACCAUCAAGCUGUGGGAUGCCGCCACAGGUACUCUCAAGUAUACACUGGAGAGCCAUUCUGGCUGGGUUUACUCAGUCGCCUUCUCAGGCGACGGCCAGCUGCUGGCAUCCGGCUCAUUCGACAACACCAUCAAGCUGUGGGAUACUGCCACGGGUGCUCUUCAGCAUACACUAGAAAGCCAUUUUAGCUGGGUUUACUCAGUCUCCUUCUCAGGCAACGGCCAGCUGCUGGCAUGCGGCUCAGAGGAUAACACUGUCAAGGUAUGGGAUGCUGCCACGGGCGCUCUCAAGCAUACACUGGAGGGCCAUUCUAGGUCAGUUCGAUCGGUCGCCUUCUCAGGUGAUGGCCAGCUGCUGGUGUCCGGCUCAGAGGAUAACACUGUCAAGCUGUGGGAUGCUGCUACGGGUACUCUCAAGCAUACACUGGAAGGCCAUUUUAGCUGGGUUUACUCAGUUGCCGUCUCAGGCGACGGCCAGCUGCUGGCAUCCGGCUCAUUCGACAACACCAUUAAGCUGUGGGAUACUGCCACGGGCGCUCUUAAGCAUACACUGGAGUGCCAUUUUGGAUCAGUUCGUUCAGUCACCUUCUCAGGUAAUGGCCAGUUACUGGCAUCUGGCUCAGAGGACAACACUAUCAAGCUGUGGGAUACUGCUACAGGCGCUCUUAAGCAUACACUGGAGGGCCAUUCCGGCUGGGUUUACUCAGUCGCCUUCUCAGGCGACGGCCAGCUACUGGCAUCUGGCUCAGAGGAUAACACCGUCAAGGUGUGGGAUGCCGCCACGGGCACUCUUAAGCAUAUACUGGAAGGCCAUUUAGGAUCAGUCCAAUCGGUCGCCUUCUCAGGCGACGGCCAGUUGCUGGCAUCCGGCUCGUUCGACAACACCAUCAAGCUGUGGGAUGCCGCCAAGGGCACUCUCAAGCAUAGCAUAAGCACUGACCAUAUUGUCACCAAAAUUGACUUUUCGGAGCACCUGCCGCUACUGAUUACUAACAUAGGAUCCUUUGAUAUCCGAAAAUGGUAUAAAAGCUUCUUAGUAUACUCCGAGAAAGUGUCAGAGGUAUCUCUGAUGGCAGGCCGGUGGGUUACUAUUCAGGGUCAAAGAGAGCUAUGGCUACCUCCAAAUUAUCACCCUCACUCGUCAACGGUCAAAAACAGUACUAUUGCACUUGGUAGCACGAGCGGCAGAGUUGCCAUGAUUGCGUUCUCAGUCAUGUGA